AUGCUUCGUUCGGUAAUAUCUCGCUUUUCGAGGCCAUUGGCCGUGUCUACAAAGCAAUGUCGGGUCUUUAAUAGAAGCUAUGCUUCUGCCCCAAAGUCUUCGUUUGAUUGGGAAGACCCAUUAGCGAGCAAGAGCUUGCUCACAGAGGAGGAAUUAGCUAUCUCGGAGACCGCAGAGCGAUACUGCCAAGAGCGAUUACUACCGCGAGUUUUACAGGCAUAUCGUGACGAAUACUAUGAUCCAGCUAUCUUGCUCGAAAUGGGUGAACUCGGCCUCCUCGGCGCGAAUCUUCAAGGCUACGGUUGCGCCGGCGCAUCGACUGUAGCAUCGGGCCUAAUUACUCGGGCCGUUGAACGAGUUGACAGCGGGUACCGAUCUGGCAUGUCGGUUCAAUCCUCGCUAGUUAUGGGUGGGAUUUAUGAGUUUGGUACUAAGGAGCAGAAAGAGAAAUAUCUGCCCGAGAUGGCAAAGGGUAAACUUCUUGGAGCAUUUGGACUCACGGAACCCAAUCACGGUAGCGACCCGGGAUCAAUGGAGUCGACGGCGCGACCGCACCCAACGAAAAAGGGUUAUUUACUUUUAAGUGGUUCCAAAACUUGGAUCACCAAUUCACCUAUUUCGGAUGUGCUUCUGGUAUGGGCGAAGUUACAGGAGACUGGCAAGAUCAAGGGAUUUCUUAUAGAUAAAAAGGAUUGCCCUCCCGGCACCCUGGAGACGCCGGCUAUCAAGAAUAAGACCGGACUUAGGGCCAGUAUUACGGGCAUGAUUCAUAUGGAUAAUUGCCCGAUACCGGAAGAAAAUAUGUUCCCUGAUGUUGAGGGCUUGACUGGUCCCUUUACAUGUUUAAAUAGCGCUCGGUAUGGUAUUUCCUUUGGCACUAUGGGCGCCUUGGAAGACUGUAUUGCUCGGGCACGGGGAUAUGCUCUGGAGCGGAAACAGUUCAAGAGUAACCCUAUUGCCAAGUAUCAGUUAGUGCAGAAGAAGCUGGCGGAUGCUGCGACGGACGCUGCAUAUGGCGUGCUCGCAUCGAUACAGGUUGGUAGGCUUAAGGAUGAAGGGAAAGUUACACCGGAUAUGAUUAGUAUGGUAAAAAGACAAAAUUGCGACCGUGCGCUUGUGAACGCGAGGGCAUUGCAAGAAAUAUUCGGGGGUAAUGCGGUUAGCGAUGAGUAUGGAAUCGGAAGGCAUGUAGCCAACCUAUUUGUGACUCAGACUUAUGAAGGACAGAGCGAUAUUCACAGCCUCAUUCUCGGAAGAGCCAUAACUGGGCUCCAGGCCUUUGUAUAA